CACGUGUUUACGACAUAACACCGCAAAUCGAAAAUGGCAUCGAGAACGAAACGUCAAACAUCUGUGCAAGAUAAAAUAUGGAAUUUUAAUGUUUCUGAUCCAACAUUACAUCCAAAUGGCUUCACAAUUUAUAAAGUGACAAUUAGAGUUUUCAGAAUGUCUGAAUCAGAUAAGCUCACCGAGAUCAUCAUAUGGAAGAGAUAUAAUGAUUUUAAAGAAUUGUACAAAGGAAUGAUAAACUUACACAAAGCUUUACACAGACGGAACCCGUUUCCGUUAUUUGCUAAACCAAAGUUGUUUGGAAGAUUUGAAGAGACAGUUAUUGAAGAAAGAAGAAAAAGUGCCAUAGAUCUCUUAGUCUUCAUAGGCAGUCAGCCACAUUUAUAUAACUCCAAAAUUUUUGAAGAAUUUCUUAAGGGUGGAAAAGUUAAAGAAGGAGUAUCUGGUAAGGUAUUAAAACCUUCAAAACUGGACAUAAUGCAGUCAGUAAAUCCACAGAAUAAUAAAAAGAAAGAGAUUGAACCUAUACAACCUGUCAAACAUCCUCCUGAUGAAGAAACCAUUAAUGGGAACAGUUCACAACAAGAGAAUGGGGACACAGAUGAAAGUUUAGAAGGAGUAUGGAAUUUUCCUAGAGUUCCUGACAACAUCAGUCUGAACUCCUUUGAUGACACUGAUGAUUCAGAAGCUAUAGAUGCUGAGUCCAUCCUAAGUACCUCACUACCUGAGCUGGACAUUACUUCAUUUGAUCCUUUAAAACCAGAUGACCUAGGACCUCCAACUCCAGGGCUGAAGACCAGUAGUAGUUGGUUGUUUGCUGCCAUGGAUACUUGUGCAGGUACAAGUUCUGAGACCAUAGAAGGUAUAGAUGAGACAGAAGAAUUUAGUAAAGUACCAUUACAGCAGGAUGAUGAAGAUAAUCAGCCCCCUAGUUUGAACUUGGACAGGUCAGAUUUUACUCAAUCAUUGCCUGACCAUUCAUCUGAACUUAACACUAAUACCAAUACAGCUACAGAGCCAGAUCUCAGUGAUUUUGACCCAUUAAAGCCUAGAACUCUGUCUUCUGUUGAAUGUGGUAAAGGUGACCUUGACCUAUCGUGGCACAGUAGAACAUCCUCAUCCUCUAGUCGAACAUCAAGUGUAACAUCAUCUCCACGACAUGGAUCAAAACGAAGCCCCUCCCAUCGAUUUAGAUCAGGAACCAAUGAAAGUGUAUCAACAAUGGAUCUUGGUGGAAAGGAGGAUUAUAUCUAUUGUGCUGCUGAUCAGAUAUGCUUGGCACAGGAAUGUGAAGCCAGUUCUAAAUUUGAGCUGGCAUUUUCUUAUUAUAAGAGUGGUGUUGGAAUACUUCUUCAGGGUGUACAAACUGACAAGAAUAAAGCAAGGAGGGAUGCUGUCCGCAGGAAGACAGCACAGUAUUUGAUGAAAGCAGAAGAUCUGUACAACAGACAUCUGGCGAAUGAUACAGUAGAUGAUAAUAGAUGGUCGACUGCAGACAAUAUGUUGUCUCCAUCUGGUGACCUUGACCCAACAUUGAACCUAAUUAAAGCACCUAUCUCUGAAAUGAAGAACUUAAAAGUUUUGGGAACUAUAGACAAAGUUUUACUGGUGAUGGAUAAAACAUCAGAUGAAACUUAUGUUAUCAAGACAAUACAUAAAUCAAGUGUGUGCAGCAAAUACUAUAGGACAAUAAUGCCUAUAUCAUGUCCAUACAUGGUCCAUUUACAUAAAUUUUAUGAAACAGAAAAUACUGUUUAUUUAAUUCUACAGCAUGCGACAGGAGGAAAACUAUGGAAUUAUAUCGGAGAAUACCUACAAUGCAAUAAAACAAAUUCCUCCAUGAAUGUUGAUAAUAUUCCUUCACCUUCCACAAAUGUGUAUUCUGGAUUCAAUGUGUAUACAAAUUCUUCAAAGGAUAAGGACAAAGUGGAAGUAGAAAAUGAUCAAAUAAAAAACGUUCCUUCUGACGAGCUAUUAGAUGAUGGUCCAGAGUUUGACAAUGAAUCUUGUCUUAAUAAAUUUGAGGAAAACAAACUUUCAGAUAAUAUAAGUGACAUUAGUGAUAUGUCUGACGACCAAACCAACAAUAAUGGGUCCGAUAAACCAGAUUUGAGUCGUAUUGAAAGUAUGUCAUCAGAAGAAAUUGUAGAUUUUAAUGAAGCAUCAAAAAUGUCAGAACAGCAGGAAGAUGUAUUUCAGGAAUUACUGCUUAACAGUAAUCAGACAAAUUUAGAAAAUUUUAGCAUUAAUAGUAUUGAAAGUAAUGAAGGUAGACCUCGGGUGGAUAGUAUUAUAUCUGACAAUAUAAAUAUUGAGAGUAUUCCUGAAGAAAGUGAGUUAUCUCCUACCCACCAAUUAUAUAGCCAUAUCGAAGAAGAUAUAGUCCACCAGCCACCGAUUAACAACUGUGAUCAACCUGUUAACUGUGAUAAUGUUUUUGAUGGACAGCAAAUUAAUGAGAAAAAUAAUUCUGAUCCUGUUGUACUGCACCGUUCUGAUUCAGGAAGUUCUGGUGUAGAUGAGGAAGCAGAAGCCAUUGUUCAAAAUGCCAAAGAUUUACUUAGAACAGUUGAACGAACAUUGUCACAAACUGAUACAGAGGUUAACAAAUGUAUUUAUCCGGACAGUGUUGUAAAUAAAAACCUUUCACCUGAUAAAGAUCAACUUAACGACAGCUGUGAUACAUUGACCGAUCAUAAUGAAGUCAGUAUAUAUGAUGUAAAUAGGUCAUUCUCAGACACAAAUAGUGAUAAUGAAAGUAAACCAUGUGAUUCAGAAUCUAAAAAUAGAAGUGGUACAGUGAAAUCUUCAUCAUCAGAUACUUUAUCUGAUAAAACAGGAAGUAGAAAAACUUCAAGGUCAUCAACACUGACUGAUCAAUCAAAGUCAAAGCCACAAAAACUUUCCAGGAUGAAUUCUAAAGAACUUAGCCGUUCGGCAUCAUUUGAACAUGAAUUAAAAUCUCCAAAUUUAACAAGACAGAGAACUUUGUCAGAUGUUUUCAGACAAUUAGAUUUAGCAAUGUCAAGUCCUGAACAGGUCAGAUUACCUGAGACAUGUAUUCGACAGUGGAUAGCAGAGAUUGUUAUUGCUGUGUCAAGGUUACAUGCUGAGGGGUUAAUUUGCAGAGAUUUAAGGCCAGACAACAUUUUACUUGGAGAAAAUGGACAUAUUUUAUUGUCAUAUUUCUGUCAGAUUAGUUUAACAGACAGAAUACUAAACCAGGAAGCAGAAGACCAGCUUUAUGUAGCUCCAGAGGUAAAUGGUAUUGGUAACUACACAGAAGUGUGUGAUUGGUGGAGUGUUGGUACUCUAUUGUAUGAACUAGUUAUGUGUAGGAGUUUAAAAAGCAGUCACCCUGGAGGAAUCACACCACAUACACAGUUAUACCUCCCAAACGCUGUUUCUCCCGAGGCUCAUGGUUUAUUACAUCAGUUAUUAUGUUACAACCCUAAAGAAAGACUGGGUUCUGGUAUAAAUGGAAGUGAAGAUAUCAAGGCUCAUCCCUUUUUUUCUGGUAUCAACUGGAACCAGUUAGAGAAGUUAACAUGACAAGACUGUGUAUGGUGUGAUUGAAACUAAACUUUUAUUGAUCACAGGAUUCAGAUAGAAAAGAGGAAUAAUAGAAAUAUAUAUAUCUGUUUCUCAUCUAUUAUAUUUGAAUUGAUAUCGUAUGAUAUCAAAUGUUUGCCUUGGACUGAGAUAUUCCUAUCUCAUCCAUGAAUGAACUGUGUACACACCUCAUUUGUGAUAAUUUUAAAACAUUUUUAAAACUAUUUUAAUUUUGAACAUGCGAGACAAAGAAAAAUACUGACAGAAUUGCAAGUUUAGAUAAAUCUCUGUCCUUUGUGGUUUGGCCUUUCUGCAUUUUGAUCUUUUGUGAGCAUGAAGAUUUUCAAUAUCACAAAGAAGUAUACAGUAAUUUUGUGGAAGAGUUAACAUGAUAUUUUAAAUGAAAAAAAAAACUUGAAAACUUUUCUUUUUGUUCAGGUCAACUGUAAGUGUAUCUAAAAUCAAAAUGAUUAGGAUAGCAGGGUAUUUUUUUGUGAACAAAGCAGUUAUGCUUCUUAUAUCUUAUUUGUGACUACAGGAAAAAGUUAUUUAGCUCCAUAUUUUUUCAGGUCAAGUAAUCUUUUAAUCAGAGUUUCCUUGUCUGUUUGCAGAUGUGUAGAAUAGCUUUGUUUAACUGAAAAAAAAAUUAUUGUGAAUUAAAAACACACAUCGAUUUCUGUUCAGAAAAGUUUGAAAUCCACAAAAUAUAUAUUGGCCAGUACUAUUAACACAUUUUAUUCCUUAGUUUGCUUUAUUUGUAUUCGCAUUCAUUAUGUAUGAACUGUUUAUAAUCCUGCCAGCAACUGUCAAAAUAGUUGUCCAUUUGCCUUCUCACUGGCAAAAUAAUGAAAAAAUAUAGGUUGAACAUAUGAACUUUACACAACAGUGCCAUUUACUCUUGACAAUUGAGCCUUAAAUCUCCCAUUAUCAUUGAAAAAUUCCAUGGAUGAAAUAUUUUGAUUUCCAUGAAGGACUGAUAGGAAUAAACAGACUAAUUUAAAUUCAGUUGAUUUAAUUAUGACAACAAAUUUUAUGAAAUGCCAACUUAGGGACUUAUUCUUUCCAUUCACAGGUGGACAUAUGACCUCAAAAAUACCAAGUGUUGCACAUAUUGAAACAAUUAUAUUUUGCUUACCGGUACACAUAUUUUAAUUGUAGAAAAGUCAUAACAUGAGAUAUAGUUAAAGGAGUGUAAAAGUAUAUAUUUUUAAAGAAAAUAUGACGAGGAUAUUAUAGUAAAUUAUUAUGCUAGUUAUAAGACUAUUUGAAUUUUCUGUAAGAAAUUUUAUAUGAAAUUCAUGUUUAUGAAAUUUGUUUAUUCAUUUUUGUAUUGCCCACCGAUGUAUGUUAUUGAAAUUUUAUCUGUUUUAUCAAAUACCACAAAACUGGUAAAUUUUGUUCUUUUUGUGGUAGGUCAUUAAAUAUAAAAUUUUUAUGUUCAUAUAAAUCACUGCCCAUGUAUACUUCUACUACAUAUACAAUGAUAUACAAUUCAGGGUAUUAUGGCAAAUAGGUCACAUGACUAAAGUUCAUUAUUUUUGUGUCAUGCUUAAAAGCUUAAAAGAAAAACAUACACAAAACUUACCUUAUAAAAUUAUGUGAUAAAUUAUUAUUUUCUUAAUUUUUAAUAAGAUUUUGUAAAGGUAACAUUCUACAGUUUUCACUUGUUUUUUCUUUUUUUUAAAUUAUUGGUUUCUCUGGGCGUGACAUUUGUUAUUAUCACAAACUUUUGUUUUUUUGUAUUGAGAUUUUGAAAAAUAAUAAAUGAUUUAAAUCGAAAACACUUUGCUUUGGACUAUAAUUUUUAAUCACCAUUAUUUGAUGUCAGAUAGUUGUUGAUUUAGAUAAGAUAUGUGAUUAAGUAACAUAUUUAGACCCACAUAUAUAGUAGACCUUCAAAGAAAUUGUUGAUGUUAGAUACAUCGGCUUUCUUGUUCAGGAAAUAACAAUAAGAUAAGGUUAAGGUUUUAGAAAUAAAGAUAGACAGAAACUUUGUCUUCUUAAUUCUUAAAUUAUAUUUAGUAAACAUUAAUAUUUAUAGUCAACCUAUUUUUCAUAGAAAUUGCCAUGAAUUUGGUAUAAUCGAACCUUUGCAAAUAUCGAUAUCACAGGAUAAGAUUCAUCCAUGUCCUCAAAAUAGAACAGAACAAAUUUAUCUACAGUUGAUUUAUCUUUCAUAAAGAACAUAUCAAGAAGCUAAUUUCAUCAUAGUAUUGUUAAAUCAUAAUUUUUGUCGAGCCUGCGACUUUUGUCGCAGAAAGCUCGACAUAGGGAUAGUGAUCCGGCGGCUACGGCGGCGGCGGCGUUAGCUAACUUCUUAAAAGCUUUAUAUUUUAGAAGGUGGAAGAUCUGGAUGCUUCAUACUUUGUAUAUGGAUGCCUCAUGUUACGAAGUUUCCGUCAGUCACAUGUCCAAUGUCCUUGACCUCAUUUUCAUGGUUCAGUGACUACUUGAAAAAAAAGUUAAGAUUUUUUGUAAUGUUAGAUUCUCUCUUAUUAUAAGUAAUAGGAUAACUAUAUUUGGUAUGUGCGUACCUUGCAAGGUCCUCAUGCCCGUCAGACAGUUUUCACUUGACCUCGACCUCAUUUCAUGGAUCAGUGAACAAGGUUAAGUUUUGGUGGUCAAGUCCAUAUCUCAGAUACUAUAAGCAAUAGGUCUAGUAUAUUCAGUGUAUGGAAGGACUGUAAGGUGUACAUGUCCAACUGGCAGGUGUCAUCUGACCUUGACCUCAUUUUUAUGGUUCAGUGGUUAUAGUUAAGUUUUUGUGUUUUGGUCUGUUUUUCUUAUACUGUAUGCCAUAGGUCUACUAUAUUUGGUGUAUGGAAUGAUUGUAAGGUGUACAUGUCUAGCGGGCAGGUGUCAUCUGACCUUGACCUCAUUUUCAUGGUUCAGUGACCAAAGUUAAGUUUUUGAGUUUUGGUCUUUUUUUCUAAUACUAUAUGCAAUAGUUCAACUAUAUUUGGUAUGUGCGUACCUUGCAAGGUCCUCAUGCCCGUCAGACAGUUUUCACUUGACCUCGACCUCAUUUCAUGGAUCAGUGAACAAGGUUAAGUUUUGGUGGUCAAGUCCAUAUCUCAGAUACUAUAAGCAAUAGGUCUAGUAUAUUCGGUGUAUGGAAGGACUGUAAGGUGUACAUGUCCAACUGGCAGGUGUCAUCUGACCUUGACCUCAUUUUCAUGGUUCAGUGGUUAUAGUUAAGUUUUUGUGUUUUGGUCUGUUUUCUUAUACUGUAUGCCAUAGGUCUACUAUAUUUGGUGUAUGGAAUGAUUGUAAGGUGUACAUGUCUAGCGGGCAGGUGUCAUCUGACCUUGACCUCAUUUUCAUGGUUCAGUGGUCAAAGUUAAGUUUUUUGAGUUUUGGUCUUUUUUUCUAAUACUAUAUGCAAUAGUUCAACUAUAUUUGGUGUAUGGAAAUAUUUUAUGAUCUAUUUGGCAGUCACGCAGGUUUUAUUUGACCUUGACCUCAUUUUCAAGGUUCAUUGCUCAGGGUAAAGUUUUUGUGUUUUGGUCUGUUUCUUCUUAAACUAUAAGCAAUAAGUCAACUAUAUUUGUUGUAUGGAAGAAUUGUUAGCUGUACAUGCCUGCCUAGCAUGGUUCAUCUGACCUUGACCUCAUUUUCAUUGUUCAUUGGUCAAUGUUUAGUUUACUUUGUUAAUGUUAAGUUUAUGUGACAGUUGUAAUAAAGCUUUAUAUUUAGGACUAUCAACAUAAUAUCAAUGAUUAGUAAAGAAGGCGAGACAUUUCAGCGUGUGCACUCUUGUUUAUCUUUAAAAGAAAGAAAUGUAAAAUUUAAAUGUUUUUGUAAUAUUGUUGUUGAUUUAUUGUUGUUUAAUUCCAGUUGUAAAAUUUGUAUUUUACUUAUAUAUAUAAACUUCACAGAAAAAUACAGCAAUGCAUUUUGUUUCAUCUAUCAAUAGUUUUCAGGGUUAACUUUUAUUUCAAUAACCCUUAGUGUCAUCUGUACUAUUAUUUGUCUGUUUGUCUUUUUGUUUUUGGCCAUGGUGUUGUCAGUUUGUUUUCGAUCAAUGAGUUUGACUGUCCCUCUGGUAUCUUUCGUCCCUCUUUUAAUGCUAAGAGUAACUGGUUGUAGAAAUUAUAGUCUGGAGUAUUCUUUUGAAUUCAAUAAAAUGUUUUUGAUGAAUUAAUAACUUUAAUAAGUUACUCUCAGUACAAAAUUUAAAAUGUUAAAUGAAAAAAAAAACUUCAUGCUCCUUUAAUAUUUGUUUUGCUUUGCAGGCACUUAUUUUUAAUGCAUUUUAUAGAAGGAAACAAUGUUAUAAUUUGGAAUUGAGAAAAAAAAUCUUGACUGCUUUGUUACGGCUUUUCCAUUUCAGUAUAAGUCAUUGUACUAAAUCUAUUUGGUUGUUCCCUCUUUAAGUAAAGGUCGAAAUUCAACAAUUUUAGCCAGAGAUUUUUAAAAUUUUGCAUCCCAAAAUAUUCGGUCCCUGGUAAAGAAUAUUUAUAACAUGUGUGUCAUGUUUGCUGGCAUUUUAUUUAUACACCAUAUUUACUACUAGGAAGGUUUGAAGCUUUGCUGCUGUAUCAAUUUAUCUUUAAAGCAAAAAUCUAAAGAAGUAAUUAAUCAUUUAUGCAAUUGCUGCUCAGAUAGAUUUACAUGUGGAAAAAAUUAUUAGCUUAUUUCUUUAAAACCAAAAUUUAUUCUAAAAAAUAUUAUAAACUUAAGAAUGCUGUUUAAAUACAAGGUUUUUACAAAAUGAUAAGGCCACAACAUGAAUAUAACAAUAAAAUAAGCUCAAUUUUCUAUUGCAAUAUUCUACUAAAACAUGUCUAGGAACCACACUAGGAUUAAAUUGUUACGAUUCACAAGAACAAAUGCCUAGCUAGUCUAAUCCAACCCAGAAUACCAAAUGACACUUUGAUUAUUUAAAAGAAGGGACAUAAUUGUUCUAACUGUGUUAUAAUAUUUUUGUUUUUAGCAAUUUUUCUUUUGUUUAUAAUGUAACAUGUUCUUUUCACUGCGAUUUAUUUCUAAAAGUGCUAGAGACUAUAGAUUUUUAUUUUAAAGAACCAAACAGCAUUAAAAUGACAUAUUAUAAAACAACUGUCAUAUUCAUGACAACUUUUUAUAAAGCACUGGAAUUCUUAAUAACAAUAAACUAUAGAACCAAAACACUAUCAAAUUAGUAAUUUUAGUUUUUCACACUAUAAGUACUUCUGUUUUAUAUAAGUCGCCACAAUUUCUUCAGAUUUUUACCUAAGUGUAAGAUGUUACUUAAGUUUGAACUGACAACAAAUGUCAGUACUCGACUCUUGUUUUCAGUUUCUCUGUAAUUUAAUCGGAUGGUUGAGGUUAUGAAAUUUUCUGUUGUAUUAUAAAUUGUUGAAUUAUGAUUAUUUGUAACUAUUAAAUCUUAUUUUAUCAAGUUAAUAAACAUGUAGAAGAAUGCUCAACUGGUACUCAUGUGUAAAACAUGAAAACAAAUGUGCUUCCCAGUUCAGUCUCAGAAAAUAAAUCUAUUCAGGGCAGACUACAAAGUGUUAAAAAUGGAAUCAAACUACAAUUUUUAAACAAAAUAUCAUUGUAUAUUAUUUAGGAAGCAAUAUGAUUUUGAAUGAGCCAAACAAAUAUUCUUUUUAUUGUACAAAAUAUUGUCAAUAUACGGUAGAAAACAUGUCCCUUCGAGUCAAAAAUAGUUCCUUAAUGAUUUGUAUUUCGUAAUUCUGUAUUAAUUUUCUCCAUCUUUAUUUCUUAACAUCCCAUUAUUCCCUAUUCAUGAUUUUUGGCCAAUUUUUCUCUAAUUCUUUAUUAUUGCCUAUUAUACUUUAUUCUGAAAACACCAUCAAAAUCCUCUUUUAUCACUUUUUGAUGUGUAUAAAUUAUUAAACUAAGAUAGUCCAAAUUGAACAUAAAAAUGCAUACUUUACAUAAUUCUUUUCAUAUGACUGUUUUUUCAUUUGUUUUUCCAGAUAUCAGUAACUUAAAAGCUUAAAAUUGUUUCUGCAUUUAAAUCAGUUAUGUGAGAUUAACCUGUUGAGGUUUAUUGCAAAGUUGGUUUAGAAUGUAUUAGUGAUUGCUGUAGCUUCAAGCUUAUAAUUUAAAUAAAUUAAUGCAGAUUUUUUUCAGGAACAUGCUAAUUUAGUUUAAAAACUGUUUUAGAUUAUAAAUUGCUUUUCAGUUGCAUUCUUCCUUUCAAAAACUCACAACUUGGUAAUUUCACUAAGUGCCAUGACGUAGUUCACAUGCAUGCUUACGGGGAUGCAUGGAAUUGUUCUAGUUUGUAUCAGUAGUUCUUGUUUUUUAAAAGUUUGUACUAGUGCACAAUUGUUAUGAAAUAACUUGGUUGUUUAUACUACCAUGCCAUAUUGUUAAGAUAUAUUUCAAAUUUAUAUGUGAUAAUUAGUUCACUUUAGAUUUAUUUUCAAAUUUUGAUGUUAUAUGGUGCAAUAUCUAUUAAAUGUUACAAAAUCAAAAA